CCGUCCGGCGCAGCCCUCCCCUGGGGGCCCGCGGCUUUGGCCCCGCGCUGGGGAGCCGGGCUUCGUAGCUCGCUGCACAGGAGCGCAUUUCAGCUGCGGGAACUUGUCCGCCCGGGCGGGGAGGGCGCCGGGGGGGGCCCAGUCAAGGUAUAAAUAGACGCCGCCGCGCCGAAGCUGGGCUGGGAGCCGGUGUGACACCGGCCGGCUGGGGUGCGGGGAGGGAAGGAGGCUGCUGUGCGGGGCGCGCCCCUGUCUCCAGAGCCGGAGCGAGCGAAGUCUCGAAGCCCAGCCCCGCCAAAUCGGAGACCUGCGGCGGGCGGGAGAGUCUCGCCAGCCCGGGGGAGGGGCCCUGCAACCCCGCCCCACCGGGAGAGCAGGUGGGGAGUGACCCCGCACCCCCUCCGGGGCGGGCGCCCGCUCCGACCGCAGCCCCAUGAGCCCAGCUCUCCUCGCCCGCCUGCCAGAGAGGAGCCGCCCCCAAACUCUGGGGCAGGAGUACGCUGCUCAGCCCGGAUCCCCCGCACCCUGGGACGGGCCGGAGGAGCCCAGAGCCAUCGCCUGGGACUGGUCAUGGGGCCAUCGGACCUAGUAGGAGGCCAAGCAGGUGUUGAGUGGCUAUGGUGAUGAACUGACAACAUUCCUUGUGGAAUGAAUUCUCAUUGGAUUCCAGUGUAAUUUGUAGCUGGCCAGCUGUAAAAGUAGCCCAACAAGAAUUCGUUGACACUUCCUUCCUCCUCUUGCUGAGCCGUCCACAGCAAUUGUUUCAGUGUUUUCAUAAAAGCGUCCUGUUAUUCUUUGCCAAACUGAACAGUUCAACAGCGCCGGACCUGAGUGGUGGCUCCCCAUGUGUGCUCUCUCUCUCUGAACAUGGCUGGGGGUGACGCUGACGGAUACCGUGAUUCUGAAAGGAGGAUCAGUGAAGCCCUGCAUAGUGAACCCAGGAAGCCAUCCUUCACAUGAUGGGAUCCUUGGGUGCCCAUAAUGCCCAUCACUCAAGAGAACGCUAUGCUUUUCCUCCCCCUCCUGUAUCAGUGGCUGCAAAACAGCCUGAGGGAGGAAGUGGAAGGGCCAGAGCAGAGGCUGUGUCAGUCUGCCAUUCAGAAGCUGAGAGAGUACAUACAGCUAAAUUUUUCCGUGGAUGACAGCAAAUUGCAGCCUAGUGGUCCCAGCACUUUAGACAUGGAAAUCUGCACGCUCUACCUUACUAAGGAGAUGGGCAAAAAUGAGGCUCUUGGCUUAAGCUUUGGGAACAUCCCUGCUUUUGGAGACUAUGGAGAGAAACGGAGAGGAGGGAAAAAGAGGAAAGGGCACAAAGGCCCAGUGCUUGAUGUUGGCUGUAUCUGGAUAACGGACUUAAAGAAAAAUAGCCCAGCAGGGAAAUGUGGGAAAGUGCGACUGAGAGAUGAGAUUCUUUCCCUGAACGGACAAUUAAUGGUCGGCGUGGAUGUCAGUGGGGCAAGCUACCUGGCUGAUCAGUGCUGGAAUGGCGGCUUUAUCUACCUGAUCAUGUUCCGUCGCAUUAAGCGCAAAGCCCCUCUUCCUCCAUCAAAUGGCAACAACAGCAACAGCUGUGAACCCAAAGCAAAGCCUGCCUCGGAGCGAAGUGACAGAGCCGCUCAAAAUGGGAAAAGAACUAGAAAGUUUGGGGUCAUUGCCAGAACUCCAGCCAGUAAGGACAGCAAGGAAAGCAAAGACAGCCAGAAUUCAGAGCAGGAGAAUGGACACCACACACCUCUGGAGGUUGACAGCUCACAGCCAGAGGCAAGCAACACAGAGGAUCGGUUUCGAAAUGCAGACUCUGAGGGACGGUACAGGUCUCGCCGUUCAGAUGGUGGGGUGCCAGACCUUAAUCCAAGUGACCUGCCUUCACAGCGAGAAGGAUGCCACAUCUGGAAGAUGCACAUGGUGAAGGGGACAGACGGGCUGGGGAUCCAGAUUACAGGAGGAAGAGGAUCAAAGCGAUCCCCUCAUGGCAUCAUUGUUGCACAUGUUGAGGAAGGAGGCUCUGCUCAUAGGGAUGGUAGGUUGACAGCUGGUGACGAGCUCCUAAUGAUCAAUGGUCAGUCUUUGGUUGGACUCUCCCAUCAGGAAGCUGUGGCUAUUCUGCGAUCUGCUUCAGGUCUAGUGGAGCUGGUGGUAGCUAGCAGGGAAGGGACUGAAGAGGAGUCUCUCAAGUAUCCAUCUACAAGUUUGCCUGACUUACUUAGUACCUGUUCAGUCCAAGAUACCGCCUCUUGCACUGAUAACAAAGAGAAUGAAGAGCCAGAGGACGAAGAUGCCAAAGGAGUGAGCAUGUCUCCUGAAGCUCAGGUUGCUAUGAGAGAAACCGAUAAGUCUCCAGAUCCUGCUAAUGUGGAAGUGACCAAAGGGAAUUGCCAAAGUCCGACCCUGGGAGGUGGUAUAUUGAAAUACAGAAGCCGAUCCCAAGGGGCUGGAUCCCGUUUAGAAUCUGUGGGAGAAAAUGAUGAACUGACCGUGGAGAAUGGUGAAUCAAAUUAUGAAAUAGCAGUGAAAUAUUCCCGGGGAGGGAGAAAACAUUCUCUUCCCCAGCAGCUUGAAUCCUCAGGAACAAGGCAGGAAUACCAUAUUGUGAAGAAAUCGACCCGCUCACUGAGUGCAGCUCAGGUAGAAUCUCCAUGGAGACUGGCCCAGCCGUCCAUUAUUUCCAACAUUGUCCUGAUGAAAGGACAAGGCAAGGGUCUUGGAUUCAGCAUUGUGGGAGGCCAGGAUUCUGCCCGGGGACGCAUGGGGAUUUUUGUGAAGACUAUCUUCCCAAAUGGAGCAGCUGCUGCUGAUGGAAGACUUAAAGAAGGGGAUGAAAUUCUAGAAGUUAAUGGAGAAUCUUUACAAGGGCUGACCCAUCAGGAGGCCAUUCAGACGUUUAAGCAACUCAAGAAAGGUGUAGUGACCCUCACAGUGCGCACGAGACUGCACAGCCCGAGCCUCACCCCAUGUCCAACUCCCACUUUAAUGAGCAGAUCAAGCUCCCCAAGCUCCAGUGCGAGCGGAGGAACUCCUGCACCUGGCUCUGAAGACGGAGACACUUUCUCCUCGUGUCGCAAAGGCCCAGGACCAAAGGACAGGAUCAUCAUGGAUGUGACACUCAACAAAGAGCCAGGGGUUGGGUUAGGCAUUGGUGCCUGUUGUCUCACACUGGAAAAUAGCUCUCCAGGGAUAUACAUUCACAGUUUGGCCCCAGGAUCGGUGGCUAAAAUGGAUGGUAGAUUAAGCCGGGGUGACCAGAUCCUGGAGGCAGAUUCAGUGAGUCUGCGCCAUGCAGCACUAAGUGAAGCCUAUGCCAUUCUGAGUGAAUGUGGUCCGGGUCCAGUUAGCCUUAUCAUUAGUCGUCAUCCCAAUCCCAAGGUUUCUGAACAGGAGAUGGAUGAAGCAAUAGCGUGCACCACUCAUCGAGAGAGCAAGGAUGCCUAUCCCCCUCAUGUCACAGGGAUUCUUCAGAAAAGUCCAUCCCCUAGUGUGAAAGCCAAACAAGGAGAGGCCUCAUCGCCCCUGAGCUGGACAAUGAAACGAUUCCUGGAGCCAGCAAGUCGGCAGGGAUCUGUCAGUUCUGAAACAGAGCUUUCCCAGUACUUCUCACAAGAUGGGCCAAGUCAGGUGUCAUUUUCUGACACACAAGUAACGGUCUCCAGUGAUGAAGAGCAGCUCCGUCAAAAAAGUGGAAACAGCUCUUUGGAUGACAGCUCUCUUCCUCCCAGCAAUCUAACUGCUAAAGAAGCAGGAACAACCAAAGUGGACAGUCUUGCUUCACCAACCAGUGGAAAGUCACCUGGUCUUUUCAACAAGCACGUGGAAUCUGCCCGACAGGGGAGCCUUAAUGGUAGUCCCAAGUCUGUCCGCAGCCCACUGCUGAGGCAGAGAAGAGUUGUUUUCUAUGAUGGCAAUGUUAGCGACGAGGAUGAUUUUGUCAAGCAAGAAGAGGUCCACUUCCAAAGGAGCCUGGGGGACAAGAACCAGAAAAAUGCCAAGGAAGACUCUGGCAUGGUCAUCACAACCUCUUUCGUUGAAGUUGAUGAUGAAGGCCAGGAUGGUGAAUUGUCUCGACACCCUGGCAGUAAGGCAGCUACCCCUGUGUUCAGCAACUCCUCGGUGACUGAGGAGAGUGCCCUAGAGCAAAUGGUGGAUUUGUCCUUCUUUCAAAUCAAAGCACUUGAUUACUCAGGUAUGCCUGAGAUUUAUCCUACUAAUCUGGGAGUGAAGGAGCUCCGAGAGGCACAGCUUGAAUCUAUGAGAUCCCCUAAACUGGAGCACAAAGCCGUUACAAGAGUAAAAAGCAUGAUGAGCACUGAGUGCCGCAAUCUCCCAAGGCAGAAGAUGGAAGAGCACGGUUCCUGUCAUAAGCCUGUUGCCAGGACACUUCCACACAGCAAAAAGACUGAAGGACCCGACAUCCCCAAGCAGAGCAAUGCUGAAACAGUUAAUCUGCUGCGGAAUGAAGAUGAAUCAUUUGGCCUGGAUUUGGAGAUCCAGGCCACUCCCGUAAGAGUUGUGAUAACAGGUUUACGAUCAGGCGGAGCAGCUGAAAGGGGAUCUAUGGGAAAGCUGACAGUAGGAGAUGAGAUUUUAUCCAUCAACAGUACCCCAGUCAGUGGAAUGACAUCCCAGGAAAUCUGUCUGUUCAUACAGAAUCUCCCCAGGUCUGUAACACUAGAGGUGCAAAAGGCAGUAUCAGCUGUGGACAGACUUACAAACCUCCUCAUGUCUUCAGGGACAGAUGGUUCAGAUCAGGCUGACCCCUGCAGCAUCCUUGUAGCUGAAGAAGAAACCAGUUCUGGGAGAUGUGAAGAAAAGACUUUGCGAAACGAAAAUCCAGACAAUGUCACAAAGAGAACAAUGCUGCCACCUGAUGCCAAGACCGAAGAGGUGCAAGCAGGUUUCUCGGAGGUCAGCUGUGUCAAGGACUGUGCUGUGAGCCCAGUCACUGAUAUUGAUGACUUCAUCAGCAAAUUGAAUUCUUCAGAGGAUAGAACUUCGCAGUCUCUACUGACAGUAGCAAGCCCCAGAGAUGAGUACACUGCUGAGUGCAGUUGUGAGACAGAGGAAGGUUGUUCUACUAAUUCUGAGCCAGAUAUAACGAAGAAGGAGCUAUCUGAAAAAACUGUGAAUUAUGCAGCUAAUGCACAGGGGAUUUUGGGGUUAUCAGUACUGAAUUCCAUUAAUACAGGCAAACUUUUCACUGUGAAUAAAAGCUGCUUAAAUAACUAUUCUAGGAAUUUUAGCAGUUUAAGUGUAGAUGAUUUGCCUGCAGCAGACUCUGUGGAAGAUACAAGAAAUGAACCAUUUCCAAAAUCAAUGUAUGGUGCUGUGGAGGAUUCUCCUUCAGACACAGAAUCUCUCACCGAAGCCCCGGAUUCUACUGGUGACAGUUUGCUCUUGCCAUCCGCUGAUGGUAAAUCCUCUGAAACCUGCAAUAUUACAGAGUCAGAUGAGGAGCAAAUUGAAAUUUGCUGCAUGACUAAUGAGCCACAUCAGCCGAUUCAGGAGAAUCAGCAGCUCACAUCUGCUAGAAGCAUAUUUCAUCAUUCCCCACCAUCCUCUCACACUGCAAAAGUUUUACAAACAGAGAGCGGUGCGGUAUAUAGUUCACUGGAUACAAACAAUGACAAAGCUCCAUUUAUACUAGAAGACCAAUGUAAUUCAAUUCUACACACCCCACAGCAUUUAAAUACUGUUCCAGCCACUCCCUUACAUUCUUUCCCCUCAGUUUCUCUACCAGAUAAAGAGACCCUCAGCCCUCCACUGGGUGUUCAUCCAGUUUGCUCCUUCCAUAACAACGGUGCCUUAAGUACAGAAGACAGAACGGGCUUGGAGAACAAUGAAAAAUCUGUGAAACCGUGUGAGUCUUCCAAAGAUAAUAUGGCUUUGCAAAGCAAAAAUAUGAGUUCCUGCACUCCUGAGAAGGUGAAUGGCUUGGAAAGCAAUUUGCUGGACAAAGAACAACAUGAUAAAAAACAAGUAUCCAAUUUUGAAAGUGAACUGGUGGCUAAUGAGUGCAAUCACAAGGUUAGUUAUCAUUCUGCUUUGACAAAGAAGGAAACAAACAGUCUGGCUAAUUUGAAUAAAACUGAUAGUCAUCGGAUAGACUCUUUAUCACAAAGAUCAACACUCACGUCCAGGUCACCCACUCCGACUAAAUCAAAAGAUCGAAGUAAGGCUGGUACGGCGCAGGACUUGUCAGGGAAAAAUGAAAAAGUUAAUGGUGGGCCAUUGGGAAGAAGUUCUAAGGCAAAAAUCCAAAGUUCCAGCACAAGCUACAGCAAAGGAGUUACAGCGCGGCACAGCCCAACCUCGCAGAAAACAUUGCAUCGUGAAAUUAAGGCAAUGGCCCAAAGGACUCCGAGCUUUAAUCCUGCAAAAGCUAGUGGGACUGAUCAGAGAAGAACUUCCGUUUCUCCACAGUUAUCACCCAAGCUUCUAGGAAAGAAAGUCUCUGUGUCCCGUAACCUACCUACAAACGUGGAACCCGGCAAGAGCACACCACCAGUCUCUAAGACUCUUAAAUCCGAGCAAGAAGAUAAACCAUCUCUAGCUGUGCUUGAAGAAACAUCACCACCUCCGUUGAAUGGCAGCGGCAGCUCAGUGGAAAACAAUGAAAAGCAAUCAAGGGGCAAUAGUGAGCUAAGUGUUGCUGGGGAAAUGGAGCAACAGAGAGAAGGUGAAAAACAAAAAGAAAGGCCGGCUUCAGUGCAGCAGCAUGUGUGUAAUGAGAAGGGAGUUAAGAUGCAUGCUGGUGAUUUCAAAGCUAGGGAAGAUCCGACCAAAGUAACUACCUCUCCUAAGCAGACGCUGAAAGGUGAGUAUGUGAAAAAGAGAGCUGAAAACCAUGGCGCAGGCAUAAACCUGAUAAACAGCAGUUACAGUGAAGAUGAUAUUCAGCAAUUAGGUCCUCAAAACCUAGAAGUCUGUAACAAUCACUCCUCCUCACUGAGUUCUCCCCCGAUUCAGCAGGAGCAGCCAGAAGGCCAGGAAAUCCAACGCACAUUCAUUGAGGUGAGGUUAUCCUCCUCCUGUUCCUCCCUAGCACCAUCUUCAGAGCAGCUGCUGCUGGAAAAGGCAGAAGCUACUAAUACAAAGGUCAGCCAGUUAACUGAGGAGAUAGGGGAUGGCCAGUAUUUCACUCAAGUAGAUACCGUUGGGGAUGGAAAUCGACACAGUGCAUCCAAAACCGUGACGAGGACUUACUCAAUGCCAGCCCAGUUGUCGAGUCAUUUGAGGAAGGACAGUAAUGUUAUAGAUGUUUCAGCACACCCCAUGCAAGGUGUUCAGAACAAUGUUUCAGGGAUGCUAAAAAUUGUCCAUCUCAGGGUGCUGAAUGGCCAGGGCACCCAGGAUGGAAAAGAGCAAAUACACACUCCCCAAAGUGUCCAGAAACCAAGCCUGGAGCAGCUCUCUUUAGCUAAUGAAAAUAGCUGCCCUGCCACAGAUAAACUAAAAACUUUCAAGAGAAAUUAUUAUUAUUAUGAACUGAACUGGCCACAAGAAUCUACCUCAUCUUUCUCUGUGAAACAGAGGAUCAAAUCUUUUGAGAAUCUGGCAAAUUUCGAUAGACCAGUUGUUAAAGCUAUAGACAUACAUUCAACCUCCAUGAGUUCUAAACCAUACGUUGGUAGACGAUCAUCUAGUGGGAUAUCCUCCAUAAGCACUACCAGCACAAAUGAUGCAGUGCAGACAUUGAGGCGAAGUUUGAGUUCAUGUAGCGACAGUCAAAGUCCAACAUAUGCUCAGAAAUCGCAAACAAAUGUAAUCUUAGCACAUGUACAGCAGAAUUCAGCAGACAGCAGCAAAGACGACAUUCAUUUAAAGAAAAGCAAGGGAGAAGACACUUCAGGAGAUCUGCAUGUCUCAUCACCCACCACACCUCACAUCCGAAGAAGCAGGGGUUGUGGCAGGCAUUCACUGUCCCGCAUGAAGCUCCGAGAGCUCAGAGCAUUGAGCAUGCCAGAUCUUGACAAGUUGUGCAAUGAGGACUUCUCAGUGGAACCCGAGGCCACCCAUUUCAAAACAGAACUGGAAAUUACACCCAGGAAAUCACUCGGCCUGCCUGCUGAAAAUGUUUCAAAUCUGAAUGCAUCGUCUGCCCUCUCCAACCUUGCAAAAAUGAAUCGGCUAUGUUCUAAAGGGAGUAGUCCUUGGAAUAGUGGCUUGGGGACUCCUGGGUCAGCAUCUGACGAUGAUGUGCCACAUGACAGCUCCCCAGAUAGGAAGCCAUCAGAAAAAAGCUGGUCAAUCAGCUUGGACCAGCUAUUAGUCUCAACCCUGGACCAGCAGAAACUGCAAUCUGUUUUAUCAUCAGUAAAGGCAAAAUGUGAUAUCAUCACUGUGCUCCAAGAAGUCAAAGAACAGGCAGAGAGCAAAGAAGAAGCUUACUUUGUGGUCUUGAAUAAAGAAGAAGGUGCUGGCCUGGGAUUUAGUGUCGCUGGAGGGAUAGAUCUGGAGCAGAAAUCUAUCAUAGUCCACAGGGUGUUUUCAAAGGGUGUGGCGUCUCAAGAAGGAACUAUCCAUUGUGGAGAUCUCAUUCUGUCAAUUAAUGGCAUGUCUCUGGCGGGUUCAGUCCAUGGAGAUGUUCUGAAUGCUGUGCAUCAGGCAAGACUGCACAAAUAUGCAGUCAUUGUCAUCGAGAAAAAGAAAGACCGAGAAAAGAUUUCAUCCAGACUUGAAAUAUCAGCUACCGGCAGAAAACACUUUGUGCCUGGAAAGGAUGUUACCAUGGAAAUAGGAACAGGUCCAAUUGUGGAUAUGAGUGGUGUCGUUUCUGUUGAACUGUGGAAAACCUCUGCUGGCUUAGGGUUCAGCCUUGAUGGCGGAAAAGCUUCAAUUUCUGGAGACAGACCUUUGCUUGUAAAAAGAAUAUUUAAAGGUGGCGCUGCAGAACAAGCUGGAAAAAUAGAAGCUGGAGAUGAAAUUGUUGCCAUUAGUGGAAAAUCAUUACUUGGUCUCAUGCACUAUGAUGCCUGGAACAUCAUUAAAUCUGUCCCAGAGGGACCAGUUCAGUUGCUGAUCAGAAAGCACAGAACUUCAGUAUGACAGAAGCACUGUUUGUAGCUACACUUGUUUAAAGCAACGUGUUCAUUAGAAAUAGUCCUUUCAAAACAGACUACAAGCUGUCCUUACAUUUUUGAAGCUGUGUAGAAGUGACUUAAUGCUCUGUAGCGGCAUGCUAAAAGCAUCAGAAGAGCACUGUGAUAUGCAAACAAGGAACAUGUCGGUUUCAUGCAGUGUGUUUAUAAACUUUACUUUCCCAGGAUGUAAGAAGCCAAACAGUAAGAGGACUUUUGUGUCAGGUGGUAUUUUAAUGGAACUUCAAAACCCUUUAGCAGAUUCUGUUUGAAAUGUUUUGCCUGUUCCCAAUAUUUUUAGUGUUUGGAAAUUGGGAGCAUAACUCAUUUGUUGCUAUCCUGUUCACGAGGAUGGGUUUUUUUGACUGUAUACUGUAUCACUUAGCUAUAACUUGACUUCAACACACUGACUUGGGGUCCAGUCUGUAUUUGUUAUAAAAGGAGAAUGUCUGGAACAAUCUCACUUUAUUCUUCUAAGUGCAGUUUUGCUAAAAAAGCAUGACAAAAAGAAGUAUAAUUUUGCACAGCUUUGUAAAUCUAAACCACAAACAUUUUCUCAUGAAGCUCAGAAUCAUCUAGAAAACUAUGAACUGAACACACAACUCUGUUAAAUCAGCUCUCAGUGACAUCUCAUUAAAUCUGAACAUCGCACCAUAUUAAUGCAUUAGAAGUCUGUGUGCAGACCUUCGUUUAGGGAAAGAAAAUCUGUUGCAAAUGUUGGAUGACUAUCUGCAGAGGACUGGAAGGAUGGUAGCAGUUUGGGUAUCACUUAUGGGUAUAAUUAAGACUAGAGUGUAAAAAUUGCAGUCUGAACUUUCAGACUUGGGUUCGUAACGUUAGACACCUGAAUAAAAGUGGGCUGACUUUCAAAGAUGCUGAGCACUCACAGUUCCCAUUAUCUUCAGUGUGGGCUCGGCACCUCUAAAGAUCCACCCACGUUCAUUUAGGUGACGAAAAGAGGAUUACUGUUGCCUAAGUUUAAAAACUCAAGUUUGAACAUUUGAGUCCAAAUACCUCGAUUUUGCCCAGUUAGAUUUGAACUGGCCACACUUGUGGUAGUGGUUAUUAAUCAUUACUUUUCUUCUCAAAUAUUGAUUUUGACAUGCACGUGUGCCACCGUGCGUGUUGUAAAUAUGACUUGGAUUGAGUGGGUAAUGGACUGGUUGAUGGUGAUUCUGAAUUAUGGAAUUGGCUUUAUCUGCAUAGAUCAUAACUCAUUAGAUGAAAAACCAUAUUGCAGAAACAGUUGAAUGUUACCUGCACUUAUCCUGGAUUUUUCACCAAUACUCAAAGCAUGUAUAGAGUUUAUAUAUAACCUAUAACAGGUUGUUUUCCUGUGUAUUAUUUAUAGUUUGCUGUUUGAGGGGAAGAAAGUAUAUGGUAUGAGAAGUUAGAACAAUUUAUUUGCUUAAGUUUGAGAUGACUGAAUAACACACAAGUGACAGAGUGAAAAGGAACCAUCAUCCCUAACAGUGAGAACAAGUUGUUUGGUCCAGUGUCCUCAAAUUAUCAUGGACCCAAAAACAGCCCUGACCAAUAGAGGUGUUCCAAAUCCAAACCUGGAGCCAGCUCAGCAACCUGCAAAUGGCCCCAAUAUUUAUAACGAAUGUUCGCUGGAUAUGUGGUGUUGAAAAGGUCUGGAUGGGACCUUAAUGUUGUAGCUUGAACCAAUCUCUAGUUUAUACCAUAUUUAAAUCUAUUUAUUCAAAUGAUUUUUAUGGUCAAUAGCCUUUACUGAAUGAAGCGUUUUCUUUUGGUAGUGUUUCUGGCUAGAAUACAACUAGUGAUGUGUGGAAGUGCAUAGAGUUCCUUGUCGCAUCCAGAGAUUAGGUGUACAGAAAAGUUGCACAACUUUUCUGUCUAUAUAUAUAUAUGAUUUUUUUUCAAGUUACAUGAACAUUAGAUUGUCUAUCUAGGGAGAGAUACCAACAACAUCUGGGUACUGAAAAGAUGAAUGCGGGGCUGAGGCUUUCAGGUGCUCCGCGCACAGAAUUUCCAAUGAAGCUAGUGGAAGUUCUGCAUAUGGAGUGUCUGCAGAAUUGGAUUCGCUUUGUCCCUGAUCCUGCAAUGAGCUCUGCCUUUGAAUGCAACCUUGUUAGCUUUAGUGAGGCUUAAUGUGGGCGCAGGAUUCCAGCCCCAUGGACCUCACUGUGGUAUCAGGGCCCAUGUUGGGAGGAAAAGAUUAGCUGAAAUUUAUGCUGAAAACAGGGAGAAAAUAUGACAAUUAAAUUGUGAUGCCUUUUUCAGGAAUGAUCAAAAUCUGAAGUUAGACAAACAGUACGUAUAGUAGAUACAUAAAUAUGCAUGUAGAGUUUAAUGCAAUAUAGUGAAUACACACACACACACACACAUAUACACACAGUACAGGAGUGACACUGCUAUUUUAAAAGGUAAACCACAAUUGUGUUUUGAAAAACGGCAUUUUUUUCCAGUCCAGCAUUAGAACUUUACUAAAUUCUGAACCAAGAAGCGUACAGAUCCCUCACUUUAGUGUGAACUCAAAGAAUAAGCUUUUUAUCUUGUACGUUAAGCUUUCUGAAUUUGAGGUGUGUCUUCAAAAUGAUAUAUAGUGAAUAAUAUGAUUUUCAGACACUUAUUUGCAGGUACUGUUCACUGUCUGAGAGUGAUUUAGAAAGCUUUCAUUUUUCCAUUAUCAAAUACUCUCUUUUAUUGUACAUACACUUAGAAAUAUAUAUUGGGCAAAUGCCAACAUCAAAACUAGGUGGGUUUUUGUGUGUGUGAUAAAAUAUGAAAUGUAAUUUAAAGGAAUGAUGAACUUAACAUUUAAGUGCUAUGGUUUAUUAACAUGUUCUGGGUAUUAUGAUACAGUUCUACUAAUGAUAUUUUUAUGUUUGUUGUAUAAUUACUUUUUAAUCCUGACAUAUUAAGCCAUGUGAUCAUUCUUCUUGCCAAAGCCAUGUUUUGUGAUAGGAAACAGAAGACCUCUAUUGAUUCUACGAGGGUUAAAAUUAUUACAAUAGUAUUUUUCAGCAAUUGUGUUGAGGUAACAUUACUCAGCAAUUUAAAAGUCCAUGUUCUAGGAAUCUGCUUUCAAAAAGGAAAGAGUGGAGAAAACAGUCAUUUGUAUUCAAUCUUCACCUUGUGGAGGUAAAGUAAGAGUUGUACAACACAUGAUGCAAAUGAAAUCCUGCUAUGUCUUAAUGCAGGGUGGGAGUCUAUGGAUUAGAAAUGUGAAAUUAAUAGGUAUGCAAAGAAAACUAACUAAUAAUCAGGCUAAGCAGAUCAUACAACAUGUACCUAUUACUGUUCUCUAGGAAUAGAUGACUCUACAGUACUCUUGAAAUUUACUAGGGAUGAUUCUUUAUUACACUGUAAACUAUUACUUUUCUAGGGUCCUGAAGAAGCCAAAAUGAGCCAUGGAGGUUCCUUGAGCACCUUAGCUGGUACAGAUACAAAGCCUCCUUCCUAUCCUAUACAUCACUGAGCAAGGAAAGAAUCUUAAGGUGCCAACAGCCUUACAUUUUCUAUGAUGGAUUCUGGUCUCACUUCUACCAGUAUUAAUUCAGAGUAACUUAUUGGAAGUCAGGAGUUUUACACCAGUGUGAAAGUUGGUGUUAGAGCAGAAUCAGUUGUGAUGAGUCUCUCUCUAGCUGUAAGAUAAAAGAAUGGGGCCAUAGGACUCAAAGAUACAAUCCUUUUCUGUCCUGAACAAUGAUCAAGGAACCAACUCAGCAUCUUUCAGCUGACCACUGAUUUGUGAGGAAUGAUGCAGAAAGUUCCCCAGACCCAAGCAGAUAACUUUUGGUUUUCAUUGUUCGCUUCACUGAUUGGAGGCCAAUCCCCAAGAUGGUCCUUUUUCAUACUAAGGAUCAUCACUCAAUUCCUUAAGCAUUUCAGGGCUAUAGUAUCUCUUUAGGGCCACACUAUUGCAGGUAGAAAGAUAAUUGUGUUACCAAUCAGGACGUAUAUAGACAUUAAUUUGUCCCUGGCCCCAGACAGGUCUGCAGUUCUUCACCAUGGACCUGGAGUGGAGGGAAUGGCUUUCACAGCAGGGCAGACUUUCUUCUGGAUAAGCUGACCAGUCACAGAUCUAGCAUUCACUGCCUUCCAAGGCUGGAGCAGCUCAGAAGGAUGUGCAUACUGGAUAUUGGGGAGGGGAUUGGGCUCUAGUAUGAUACUGGGCAUACAAUAUCUUGCAGUCCUUAUGCAUGAAAACCUCUCACUGUCUUCUCUGUGAAUUGUAUCUGUGUUAAGGGCUAAAGGAUUAAGCCUAAAGUUGGGAGGAGGCAGUAUGGCUGGUUACUUUCAUCCCAAUCCUAUCAAAACCCUUUUGAGGGUAAUAAAGUAUUAAGAAUGUUUGUGUGACUGACAUUUCCAAUCAGCCCUCAUUCAGAAUUAGUCCUGAUAACAUUCUGCAAUCUUUCUCCCCACCCCCUCUCCAAAAGCUGAAUCAGUCAUCCACAGCCAGGUGUUGGAAUGUUUAGCUGCUUGUGCAUUUAGGGUAUGUAAAUGUAUACAUGAAAAUAUUGAUGAGGAUUAGAGUAGAUCACGUGAGACAUUGGAAUCCCAAUCUAGGUAGGUUUUGUGUGUUCUGUUAAGAUGAUACACUUCUUGUAUGAUACUGUAUAUUGACACUUAUUUAUAUAAAUAUUACUUCUUUUAUUGAAACCCCUUUAAAAUGCCUUGUAUAUUAUAAAAAAGUGAGUGCAAUAAUAUGAAAUAGACUGUACAUUUUCAAAAGUUGCUUUCUCUGUUCUGUAAAUCUGCAUCUCCAUAAAUAUGGGGUUUUUUAGUGAUUUUGAAAAAUAAAUAUUAAGCUUAGUA